AUGGAGGAAGAUGAUUUACUUAUUCAAAGUAUUCGAAAGCGAAAAGAGUUAGAGGAAUCUGAACAAGGUGUUGAUGAGAUUCAAGAGGUUGAGGUUUAUCAACAUUACUCUUUUAAGGAAACUUUAUUAGGGCAAUCUGAGAUGACUGCAACAGCUGUUCCAAUGGAAGAGAUGGUUGAUGGUUUUGAUGAGGAAACUUUAUUAGGGCAACCUGAGAUGACUGCAAUAGCUGUUCCAACGGAAGAGAUGGUUGAUGGUUUUGAUAAGGAAUCUUAUGAAGAGGAAAUUUGGAUACGAUUUCCUUGCCUUCCAAUUGAAUAUUAUGAUGAGCAGCUUGUUAUGAAAAUUGGAAGUAAGGUGGGUAACCCGAUUAAAGUGGACAUGAAUACAAGUCUUGUUAAUAGGGGACACUAUGCGGGGAUGUGCGUGGAGGUGGAUAUGUCUAAACCCCUAUUAUGGAAAUUUCGGUUGAAGAGGAGGACUAGAAGGAUUGAAUAUGAGGAUCUUCACUUAGUCUGUUUUGAGUGUGGUAAAUAUGGGUAUAUGCAGAGCUACUGUACGUCAGUUAAACAAGCAGGAGAAUCGGGGGAGAGUCAGACAAUUCCUCAUAUGCCGGUGAAUGGCAUCAACCAAGGGAAGGACUUGCCGAAAAAUCGAGAAAUUAAUUCAGCGGUGGUAGAAAACUAUGGAGAUUAG